GUGUCUAACUUCACACAGGUUCAGACACCUGAGAUGGCGAACGACAACUGCGGUAAUAAACAAAACACAUUCGGAUCAGGCUAGUAGAGAGGCUGCGUACUGUUGUGUCAAAAUAACAGCACAUUGCACAUUGCAGAAUCGGAAAAACCGACCAUUUAUUUCCUGGUUAAACCCCAUUGAAGAUCUUCAUAACCCCGUGUGUGAUUACAAAAGGGGGCCGACGAGGUUCAAUUCCAAGCUGCUUCAGUUGAGUCUUCACACUCAAUUUUUUUUGUAUGUGUCUUGAGUGAAAAUUAGGAAAACAUGACGGAGGUAAGGAAGAGAGGAGGAAAAGGAGGAGAUGCCGACAGCGUUAGUGACAAGGAGGCAGAUGGAGAGGACAGACUGGGUCUGCCUGGUGAGGCCGGAGGAGACGGCGAAUAUAAAGCAGACACCCCAUCCGUUCCUCCCUCCACAGCAGACAACACUCCACAGUUCCUCAAAGAGGCCGUGGAGGGCCUCAACCCCAGAUGGAAGAACUGCUGUAUACGAGGGGUCCUAUCCAUGGCCAUGAUAUCAGGAUUCUUCAUGAUGAUCUACCUGGGACCUAUCAUGCUCAUAGUAGUGGUGAUGACCAUCCAGAUCAAGUGUUUUCAGGAGAUCAUAGAUAUCGGCUACAGAGUCUACCAUUCCUACGAGCUGCCCUGGUUCAGGACACUCAGCUGGUACUUCCUGGUUUGUGUGAACUACUUCUUCUAUGGUGAGACAUUGGCGGAGUACUUUGGUGCGUUGGUGCAGAGAGAAGAACCGCUCCAGUUCCUGGUCCGAUACCAUAGAUUUAUCUCCUUCGCUGUCUACCUGGCAGGUUUCUGCAUGUUUGUUCUGAGUUUAGUGAAGAAGCAUUACCGCCUGCAGUUUUACAUGUUUGCGUGGACCCAUGUUACCCUACUGAUAGUGGUGACUCAGUCUCACUUGGUCAUCCAGAACCUGUUUGAAGGAAUGAUCUGGUUCCUCGUCCCUGUCUCCAUAGUGAUCUGCAAUGACAUCAUGGCCUACCUGUUUGGUUUCUUCUUUGGCAGAACACCACUCAUUAAGCUGUCUCCCAAGAAGACGUGGGAGGGAUUCAUAGGAGGGUUCUUUGGAACCCUGGUCUUUGGAUUCAUACUGGCAUACCUGCUAGCUCAGUUCCAGUACUUUGUCUGUCCCGUGGAAUACAACAGUGAGACCAACCGUUUCACUGCGGAGUGUGAACCCUCGGACAUUUUCGUGAUGCACGAGUACACAUUGCCCUUCACUGUCCAGAGCAUCCUCAGAUGGAAAACGGUGACCAUCUACCCAUACCAGAUCCACAGCGUGGCGCUCUCUACCUUCGGCUCUCUCAUUGGUCCUUUUGGAGGAUUCUUCGCCAGCGGAUUCAAACGAGCGUUCAAGAUUAAAGACUUUGCAGACACCAUCCCUGGUCACGGGGGCAUCAUGGAUCGCUUCGACUGUCAGUAUCUGAUGGCUACCUUCACUCACGUUUACAUAGCCAGCUUCAUCAGGGGUCCCAACCCCAGCAAGGUGUUACAGCAGCUGUUGGUCCUGCAGCCAGAGCAGCAGCUCAGUAUCUUCAACGCCAUGAGAGACCGCCUGAGAGACAGGGGAAUACUGCCCCCUGCUGCCACGGAGGCGAUGUAGAACACACACGCAAGAGGGGGAGAGUGUGUGUGUGUGUGAGAGAGAGAGAGGAAGAGUUUGGCUGUGUGUGUGUGAGAGAGAGGAAGAGUUUGGCUGUGUGUGUGUGUGUGUGUGUGUGAGAGAGCGAGAGGAAGAGUUUGGCUGUGUGUGUGUGUGUGUGUGUGUGAGAGAGAGAGAGGAAGAGUUUGGCUGUGUGUGUGUGAGAGAGAGGAAGAGUUUGGCUGUGUGUGUGUGUGUCUGAGAGAGUGUCUUUGGCUGCUUGUGUGUGGCCUGCACCUUCUUCCAGACACUCAUCCCUCAUCUGCCCAGCGUCUGUUUUUUUUAUUUUCUUGUUUCUAACCAGUCAUUACUGUGAACUAAGAUGUUGCUCCCAGCAUCAAGGAGUUACCAAUAACAGCAGCCACAACAACACGUUCAGACUGUCAUAGCUACCACUGGGACCUGCAUGAGUACCUAACUACACAAACAAACUGCAUCAACCGACCGUUAUGCUACCAAGCUAACAGCAGCGUCAACCGACCGUUAUGCUACCAAGCUAGCUAGCAGCAGCGUCAACCGACCGUUAUGCUACCAAGCUAGCAGCAGCAUCAACCGACCGUUAUGCUACCAAGCUAGCUAGCAGCAGCGUCAACCGACCGUUAUGCUACCAAGCUAGCAGCAGCAUCAACCGACUGUUAUGCUACCAAGCUAGCUAGCAGCAGCAUCAACCGACCGUUAUGCUACCAAGCUAGCUAGCAGCAGCAUCAACCGACCGUUAUGCUACCAAGCUAGCUAGCAGCAGCAUCAACCGACCGUUAUGCUACCAAACUAGCUUGCAGCAGCAUCACCCGACCGUUAUGCUACCAAGCAAACUACCAGCAGCAGCCGCAACCGACUGUUGUGCUACCAAGCUAGCUUGCAACAGCAUCAACCGACCGUUAUGCUAUCAAGCUAGCGAGCUAAAGACUAAAGGCUGCGUUGCUCUGAACAGAAUGUCUUCCUAAACAAAAAUGGAUCCUAACUAAGCACACAGAUAGGGGACAGUGGGUGACUGACUUGACGGUUUCUCUACGGAUGUACGGAGAACAUUGCACUGAUUGAAGGAAGAAAGGCGGUAAAGCUUUUACAAUACAAGGCUAUCAGCUUAUCCUGGGUUAGUGUCUUGGUGUUGGAAGUGGUUUUAAAGCAACAGCGGGGUUGUUGUAUUCACUAGACACCAAAUGGAGGGGAAAACGGACUGAAAACAGGGACCUGGCCUGAAUUUGUCCAACAAGAAAAGCCUGUUUUUAACUUUCUGUUGCCCUUAGUGCUACGGUGUGAAAUACGACCCAGAGGACAAAAAAAAAAUGUGUUUUUGUAUGUCAGCUGCUCCAACAUGUUUUCAAGAUACUAAAUACACUUGACUUAG